AUGGUGGAUGAGUUGGAGGUGACGUUAACGGGUACGGCAUUAAACUGGCUGCAUUCGAUUUCCGAUCCAAAGACUCCAUUGGCAUGGUCUGUUGUUAGAGAGAAGUUUCUGAAGAAGUUUGGUGGAGGUGUUGAUCCUACUCUGAUUGCUUUGAAGGAACUGAAAAAGUUGCAUCAAGGAAAUAGGUCGAUGAGGGUAUUUGGUCCUAUCAUUACGGAUCUUCUGUCUCGUGCGCAAAUUUUUGCACCGGGUGUCCAACUUGACUAUUUCAAGGAUCGUAUUCGAAAUGAGCUGCGCACUGCUAUUAUUUAUCGUGGACCUACUGAUUUGGAACAGGCGAUUCAAAUUACCACUGAUGUUGAAGAAGAUUUGCGUAGAGUAUUAGGCUCCAAACCUAUGGCUGUUAGCUCUGUCUCUCCCGUGGCAACGGAAUAUGCAACAAUGUCAAGUGGUUCUACUCAAGAAAGCCAAAAUUAUCAGUAUGGUAAUUCAGAGGGUUCCACAAAUGGUUCUGGGGGUUAUCGUGGUGGUUCUGGGGGAAACUCAGGCGGAGCUCGAGGUGGUUCUGGUCACGAAACUAGGCGUUGUUUCACUUGUAAUAAUGUGGGUCAUUUGAGUGUUAACUGUUUCAAGAAUAAGAAACCCAAGCAAAAUCAAGAACAUCAAUAUCAACAGCAAGAUGUUUCGUGUCAACAAAGUACAGAUGUUGAGAACAUGAUUGAUAUUUUUGCUCACUUGGGAAAGUUACCUCAAAAUAACCAAGGUGUAUCUGAGUCUGAAGAAUUGGAAGCAAGACGGUUUACUACAAUCGUUAAGAUCGAUGGUGGGGAACAGAAAUGUUUAGUUGACGCUGGAUCUACUCUUACUUCAAUUCGCGAAUCUACGGCGUCAAGGUUGAACUUA